AUGAGUGGUGAGCUGGUCAAUUAUAAAAGAUUAGAAAAAGUUGGUGAAGGUACUUAUGGUGUUGUCUACAAAGCCUUAGAUCUACGCCAUAGUCAGAGAAUAGUCGCACUUAAAAAGAUACGGUUGGAAAGUGAAGAUGAAGGUGUCCCAUCAACUGCAAUCAGAGAAAUUUCACUCCUAAAGGAGUUGAAAGACGACAAUAUCGUCAGGCUUUACGAUAUCGUUCAUUCCGACGCUCACAAGUUAUACUUGGUUUUCGAAUUUUUGGAUCUUGAUCUGAAGAGAUAUAUGGAAGCAAUCCCCAAGGAUCAGCCAUUGGGAACCAAGAUUGUUCAGAAGUUUAUGAUGCAACUCUGUAAAGGUAUUGCAUACUGUCACGCUCACAGAAUUCUACACAGAGAUUUAAAACCCCAAAAUUUACUGAUCAAUAGGGAUGGAAACCUAAAACUAGGUGAUUUCGGUCUGGCAAGAGCAUUCGGUGUCCCACUAAGAGCUUACACGCAUGAAAUUGUAACCCUGUGGUACAGAGCACCCGAGGUCUUACUAGGUGGUAAACAGUAUAGUACGGGUGUUGACAUUUGGUCGAUUGGGUGUAUAUUUGCAGAAAUGUGCAAUAGAAAGCCAAUCUUUAGUGGUGAUAGUGAAAUUGAUCAAAUUUUCAAAAUCUUCAGGGUUUUAGGUACACCGAAUGAGAACGUUUGGCCUGACAUUGUCUAUCUGCCUGAUUUCAAGCCAAGUUUCCCCAAAUGGCAUCGUAAGGAAUUAUCAAAGGUUGUCCCAUCAUUAGAUGCCAGAGGUAUUGCUUUACUGUCUUCACUAUUAAGUUACGAUCCAAUCAAUCGUAUUAGCGCUAAAAGAGCCGCCAUGCAUCCGUAUUUUGAAGCUAUGGUAUAA